AUGCCUCGCAAACUCAGGGCCGCCGCCCAAGCGGCUGCGAAGUCAAUGAAAAAUGUACCGACACUUCCAGACGGGUCUGAUGAGGAAAUGCUCGACGCGCCUUCCUCACACCCCUCCUCGCCCGAGCCUGAACCCGCGCCUGAACCUGAAGCUUCGCCGGAAAAAGAUCACGACGAUCAGCCUGAGCCCGAACCUGAAGCGGAGAGCACAGAAGCUCAGACUGGCGAAACACCAGCCACACCCAAACCAGAGGAGGAACUAGGUGUUUCUACCCCCGCAGAAGACUCUAUUCUGCCCGAUACCGAUAACACACCAUCCUACGGCCCUGGUCGCCCAUCCUUACCACCCCGCGGAAAGCGUCGUCUUGGUCGCCCACCCAAGAACCCCAGGCCGGAGUGGGAUCCCGCGAACGGCGAGGAACCACCUCGAGUGACAACCCCAGUCAAGAGACGUCGCGGUCGCCCUGCUGCUAGCGGUGGACGCUGGGCGCGCAAUCGUGGACCUUCCCAUCUCACACAGGUGCCUGUCGAUAAGGAAGGAAACAUGAUGGAUGUUAUCAACGACGAGGUCUCGAUCCCGCCGGACCCAAUCGGUGCCACCAAGGUCGACGAGAACGGCCACCUUCAAGGUGGUCGAGAGUAUCGAGUUCGCACCUUCAAGAUCCUCGGCCGCGGUGAUCGCCUCUACAUGUUGUCGACCGAACCAGCUCGUUGCAUUGGGUUCCGUGAUUCAUACCUGUUUUUCCAGAAGCACAAGAUGCUUUACAAAAUCAUAAUAGAUGACGAGGCCAAGCGCGAUCUGAUCGAACGCGAUCUCAUUCCUCACUCGUACAAAGGACGAGCCAUUGGCGUUGUCACCGCGCGAUCCGUGUUCCGUGAGUUCGGCGCAAAGAUCAUCGUCGGCGGCAAAAAGAUCACCGAUGACUAUGACGAAGCGGCUGCUCGUGAGCGCGGCGAUGUCGAGGGUGAAUUGGCUGUUCCAGAGGACAGACUUCCUGGACCAGGAGAGGAAUACAACAGGAAUCAGUACGUUGCCUGGCACGGUGCUAGCAGUGUCUAUCACACAAACGCGCCCUCUGUCCCGCUUGUGGGCGGAAAGCCAGUUGACACCAAGAGACGCCGUGUGCCAGUUACCGAUGACAACUGGCAGCUUGAGCAUGCCCGCUCUGCAAGCGCUUACAACUCGAAGCUUGCCGAAGCGCGCCGUGCGAAUCUGAAUGGCGUGUACGAUGUUCACACCAACACCAUGCAGUACCCCAAGAUCAUGCAGCCAACCCACGCCCGCUGGGAGCGCGUCCCACCCGCUCCAGCGGCCACCGCAGGCGAGUUGGCUACGGACCUGAACUCACUGAACUUUGACAACCGAGGUUCCCAAUCUGGUACCGAAAACAAGAAUCCCGACGAAACUCAAGAGUCGCCCGAGACCGCAACCGCCGAAGCCUCCGCUGCGAGCUCUACUAAUACCUUCAAACCUGUGCCUGCCCAUAUGCACAACCGCUAUCUCGUCCAGGACAUCAUCUACGAAUCCCCCCGUAUUCCAACAUGGGCAUCCCCGGUCCUGAUGGCGACGUGCUCGACCCUCGCGCCCCCCACCCACCCCGAGUUCAUGACCCCCGAGAUCAUCGCACUGCUUCCGCCCGAGUGCAAGGAGGCUCUCAUUGAUGCUGCUGCCCACGAGAUUGAAUGGAAGAACCGUUGGUCCACUGAGACUCAAGACGGCGAGCGUACUCAGCCAACCAAGAGCUACGCUUGGUACCCAUAA